GACGGAUUCACAGGGAAGUGCUCCUGAAGUGAAGAAGAAGAAGAAGAAGACGACGGCACAGCCUCUGCCCAGAGUGUCAGACUGAUUAGACGUGGUUGUAUUUGUUCCUGCAUAAUCGGGGACGGACCGUCAGGCAAGUAACCGCCAGUCUUGCACUAUCUGAGCAGAGAAUAUGGGUGGUCCAGAGUCCCUCAAUAUAUCACUCCCUCCAAGUCAACUCCACUCGAGACACAUGCCACCACACCAUCCUACUGGUCGGUCCCUCCCUCCCUUGCGUGAGUACACCGGCGUCAAGACGUCCCGGCCGCUAUCUUGGGACCCGCGAUAUUGCAAGAAUACGCUAAUCCGCGCUGAUGUCUAUGAGAUGAACACCCACUAAGCCGUACUCCUCAGCGAUGAAGGUGCGCAGACGCGAUGGUCUUGUCGAGCUCAACCAACCCCCAUUUAGCUUGCUGCAGCGGCGGGACUGUCCCAAGGAAUUCACUAUCAAGGCUGGUGGCCACCUUUCAGCUGGUGCCCCGAACACUUCUUAAUAGAGGUGGUUGCCGCUCCCCUGGUUCAAUUUGAAAGAAAAAAAGUGAUACAUCACAUUUAUCACACUUUGCGUUGAUCCUUAUAUAUCCCUCUCGCCACGAUCUUGGCAACCAUGAGCUGGGCCUAUGAGUCUUACGAGGCAGUCAACGACUACAGAUGGAUGACCUGGCCUGAUCAAGUCAUCAAUGACCACAAUUAUAACAGCCAUAACAAUGAAUAUCAGCACCAGCACCAGCACCUGUUUGGGCACACGAAUUCCGAACAGGCGCCUGGCUACUUUGCAGCCAAUCACUACGCAUCGUACCGGUCCCUUCAUCACUAUCCUGCCCUAGAUUCUGGACACAUGAGGUCUAGCUUCAGCUCCGCUUCAACAUCUCCCACUUCAUCGUCAGGGAAUAGCACGUACUCUGCACCGCCUGCUUGGCACUCGGGAGAUCCAGCCUGCAUGAUAUACCAGUCGGGGACCCCCAGCCCAGUAGAUUGCUCUUCUCAUGCAGCGUGGAUGGAAUCUCCGACUGCUGUUGAUGAGCACGAAACUCUCACUUCGGACGACACACCACUUGCCCACGAUUUCGCAGCACACCUUCCAGCUGAUUUGGAUUUCAAACUGACGCUGGAAAGCUGUACAUCGAGAGCAGAUCCCUCACACGACGACGAAGAUCCCGACCUGCCCAAGCCUCGUCGCCAAGAUCCCCGCUGGGAUGGCGACGAGUACGCUGCAAGAUGGGUCCGUGGCGAAGGCAUUGCGCGCACAGGAUUCUGUGGAAUCUGCUCAACCUGGCACAAGCUCAAAGACUCCGCCUAUUGGUACCACAUGCACUACACACACGGCAUCAGCUGCGCAACAGGAAAAUUCUUCUCUGCUCCACGAGCCGGACGAAGUGCUCAGGGCGUAGUCGGCUACGAUGCCCUCUGCAGCAACUGCGACCAAUGGGUCUAUGUCGGCCGUCUGGACCGCUGGCACACUCCUUACUUUCGCCAUGCAUACAAAUGCCAGACCAGCAGCAGCAAUCGGCCUCGUGUCUCCUCCCGAUCAUCUCGAAGUAGUGCCAAUAAGAGCUCUUUUAAUAGACCGGGCAACGCCGCCCUUAGGACAUUGAGAUCGCUAUGACGAGAAAGAGAGAAAGAGGUCGAAAAGGAACUUUUUCAUCUGCCUUUCUUGGAGAUUCAUCAAGCUUUUCCUUUGUGGGAAUCCUAUCCGAGCUGUUUUGCAAAGCGUUGAUAUCCUGAACGUGCUGCCUUUUUGGGGGGAUGGGGGAACAAGGGUUGUUUGUACGGUACGAAUGUUGAAGUUUGGUGCGAAUCGAAUGUUGAAGUUAGGAACGAAUGUUGAAGUCUGGUGCGAAUCGAAUGUUGAAGUUUGGUGCGAAUCAAAUGUCGAAGUCUGGUGCGAAUCGAAUGUCGAAGUUUAGUGCGAAUCGAAUAUUGAAGUUUUUUUAGUGGCCACCCCGGGGGGGGAAAUAUCUGUUGCUGUACUUUUUUCCUUUGUUUGGCCCACCACGACUUGAAUGAGUUUUCGGUCCUCAGGUACCUACCUACCUACCUAC